AUGCUGGCUGCAAGAGCAUCUCACAGGCUAAGUAUAGCAGAAUGUGCGCACGGCACUCUCCUACCUUUUCUGUACCAGACCAAGACCAUUGCUCGAGCAUAUUCAGAGGAGCUGCAUCUCGAUCAAAAAGCUGGCCAGGGCGCGGAGGAGGAACGCAAGCUGCGAGAGAUCAAGGAACGUUGGUCUAGGAGACGAUCUGUGACCACUCGCGACGAUGGACAGUCUGCCGCUAGAGUUCACGAACGGUGGGAACCCAUCUCGCAGCGUAUGCAGAACGCCGCGCGCAGGCCAAAAAAGUCACAGAGUAUUCCUUUCGAGGGCGAUACUGGGUCAGCGACGCCAUCAGAGAGACUACAGAACACGACGAUGACGCCGCGAGAGAUGCAGGUCUUCGAGGAAUUGUUUCGCAAGGGAAUUGGGAAAGAGACAGUCGAAGAGCAAGCACAGGACAAGGCGAAAAAAGCCUCGAAGACAAAUGCCGGCGUGGAAUUCCCAGACCUGCUCAAGCCAUUGGUCGAAGAAGCGGAGCAGCUACGACGGCAGUCAACUUUGGAGAAAAAUGGCAUGGAGACGAUGGGGGAGCUGGCGAAACCUCUGGAAGAGCUGGAGAUCAAGGAUGCACAGGGACUUGCGAUCAAGGACCGCAUGGACAAAGCUGCCUCAGAUGUUGAAUGCUGGAAAGUCCUGCGUGAGCAUGUGCUCGAUCGUUUAGCAGACGAGUCGGACCACAAUGCCGUGCAAACUAGCUUUCCUGCACUGCCUGGUCUGCUUCUGCAUUACAUGAGGCUACAGGCAGACAAGUUGCCUGCUACGCACUCCCUUGGCCUUGUUGUUCUUCCUGAGCUCAAGAAAAUCGGCCCGCUCGCUUUUGCGCUCGGUGCCACCACGGAGCUGUACAAUCAGCACAUGCAGCUCCUCUGGCGACAGUAUCGCGAUCUCGAUGAGAUAGAUAAUGUUUUGGCAGAAAUGGACAGGGAGGUCUACUCUUUUAACGAAGGCACGCAAGAUCUCCUCGCCGCGAUUUUGGAUCACGCCGAUGACGCUCUGACUGGAAGACUCGGCCCCACUGCCAGAGCUCUGUGGACGAUGGACCGGAAGUCGAGGGGGCUUGCAAAAAUGAAAGAGUGGAAGAAGGCAGUGGACCAGAGACUGCGAGAGCAAGCACUGAGCGAUGUACAGGCACUGCAGGCAGAUCUGGAUGAUGACGCUUGAAGAGAGCGGUGGGAAGCACGCUGCGAAGUGCGCAGCUGCAUAGAGCGGCGCAUAAAGUCAAAGGGCCUGCCAGGUGACGAAUCCUCAGCCAACCCGCCUUGGGACCCCCGUCAGGAACAUAUGCGCCACCUGUCGCCAAGACUGCUCCGUGAACUUUACUCUCCGUUCCCGUAUAGUAGAGGCGAUCGGCAUUCCAAUGCCGACCAGCUGAAGGGAAGACCCUACAUCUGGUUUCAGUACCGCGAUCCGAAUCUCUCAACUGUCUGAGACCGAUAUCGCCAAUUUCUUGCUUUGAUCACUGCGCAAAGCUUGCCGGACUCGAGCCCAGGCGGAAUGGCGGCAACUUCUUUGUGCCAGUAUACAGCUGAUGUUCAGAGCAUGGCCGAAUGAGGUGAAUCCAUAUCGUACAACAAUUUAGGUAGUCCCGUGGUCCGGCUGCCACGUUAUACAACCACGCCCGGAAGCCUCGACGAUCCAGGCCUCCGUACCUGUGCUUAUGCGAUGGACCAGCAUCGCGAAGACCAUGCGAGUGCUCAGGUUGUUCUACGCCUGGUAGCGCUGCCAGUAUCGCUUGCUGCGUUAUUGCACUGAAGGCCCUUGGCGAUAUUUGGUGGCAUUGUAACACAAUGUGCGACGGAGAUGAGCACGCACCUUCUGAUUAGAGGCAGCGCAAUGUAACAGAAUGC